AUGGAGGUCUUCGGUAGGCCAGCUUCUGGCUCCAAAGAUCGAGGCAUCCUGAUAUAUGCAUUCAUCCUUGAUCAAUGGCAUGAGUACAGAUAUCUCUUGCUGCUCGCCGCAGUCCUGUUAGGCCUAGCCGUAUUUUUGCACUUCGACAAUAGGCUUCGAAGGGAACGAUUAACGUCCUCACCCGCCGCGAAUACUCCAGAAUAUGGUACAGUGGAAAAGUUGGGCUGGCUGAAUGAGAAGUCAAAGUCCACAAUACUAGCAGAACGUGAAGAUGAGCGAUCUGAGAAAGCAGAACCAGAUGAAAAUGUUGCAAUGCAAUUUCCCAAUGUCUCUGUGCGACCACGACCCGGCCCGAAAAGAGUGACAGGCUCCAAAGGGGAUAGGAAGCCUAAGUCUGAAAGCUCCGCACAUCGGAGGAUUCAGCCAUUGGUCUUCUUUUCGUCUUUGACGGGGACGACGGAAAUUCGUGCUCUAGCAUUGCUAAAAGAACUACAUACCUUACUGAAAGACCACUCAUCUACAGUACUGGAGCCUCAGAUUCAUGAUCUAUCCUACAUUGACUACGAUGAUUUCUAUGUCACACCUCCCAAGUCUCACCAGAUUGAUCAGCAUGUUCAAUACUUCUACCUUCUAAUACUACCCUCAUACAACAUCGAUACCACCUUAGACACUUUCUUGGCCCAUCUUCAGGAAACCCACAAUGACUUCCGGAUAGACACGGCGCCACUUUCUGGCCUUGCAGGGUACUCGGUCUUUGGCUUCGGAGACAAGGAAGGAUGGAGCACGGAGAAAGAAGGCUUUUGCUCGCAAGCAAUUGAGGUGGACAAAUGGAUGGCAAAGUUAACUGGAAGGAAAAGAGCGUAUCCAUUGGGGUUGGGAGAUGUAAAAUCAGAUUCAGAGCGGAGACUGGGCGAAUGGAGAGACGGGGUGGUAAAGGCACUGCUGGACAUAGCUGCUAAUGGAGGUCUAGGUGAAGGUGUCGCUGGGAGCGGAGACGCUGUGGAAAGCGAGGAGGAGGAUGCGGACGAGGCCGCAGAGCCGGGAACGGUUCUCAAAGUAGAAGCUCGGAGACCGGCCAAGCGGAAACGACAACAAAAAAAUUCACCCGUCGAUGACCUUGAAGACCUAGGAGGCAAGUCGGGCGAUGCCUCGGAAUUUCGUUCUCCCUUGCCUAUCGACUUCACUACCUCCUCCCUCACAUCCACUACUCCUCAAGCUCCCAAAGCUAUGGUUCCCGUCUCCUCACCUACUCACGCAGCCCUCACCAAACAAGGCUACACAAUCAUUGGCACACACUCCGGUGUCAAAAUCUGCCGUUGGACUAAAUCUGCCCUCCGUGGCCGAGGCUCCUGCUACAAGUUCUCCUUCUACGGCAUCAAAUCACAUCUUUGCAUGGAAACCACUCCCUCUCUUUCAUGUUCUAACAAAUGCGUCUUCUGUUGGCGCCACGGCACGAAUCCUGUAGGUACGACUUGGCGCUGGCAAGUUGAUCCGCCGGAGAUGAUCUUCGACGGGGCAAAGGAGGGCCAUUACAAGAAGAUCAAGAUGAUGAGGGGUGUGCCAGGGGUGAGAGCUGAGAGAUUCCAGGAGGCCAUGAAAAUUAGGCACUGUGCAUUAAGUUUGGUCGGCGAACCCAUUUUCUACCCUCACAUCAACGAAUUCGUUGCGAUGCUGCACAGAGAACAUAUAUCCAGCUUCCUAGUCUGCAAUGCGCAGCACCCAGAUCAACUAGCUACUCUCAAAUCCGUUACGCAGCUCUACGUGUCCAUAGACGCCAGCAACGCCGAGUCGUUGCGGAAGAUAGACCGCCCCCUACAUCGAGACUACUGGCAACGCCUCCUACGUUGUCUUGAUAUUCUACGUGAGAAGCGGUUUAGAAUGCGCACCGUCUUCCGUCUGACCCUCGUGAAAGGCUUCAAUAUUGACGAUGAAGUCGAGGGCUACGCUGACCUUGUUGCCCUUGGACUCCCUUGCUUCGUUGAGAUCAAGGGCGUAACCUACUGUGGAAACUCAUCCUCCGCGGGCGCAGGACUGACGAUGCAAAAUGUUCCUUUCUACGACGAGAUCACUACCUUCGUUGAAGUUCUCAACGUUGCUCUGGAACGCCGAGGGUUAGAGUAUGGCAUUGCAGCUGAGCAUGCGCAUAGUUGCUGCGUGCUCGUUGCCAGCAAGAGGUUCUAUGUUGAAGAGAAGUGGCAUACAAUCAUUGAUUACGAGAAGUUCUUUGAAUGUCUGGAGAGUGGGAAGGACUUCAGUCCUGAGGACUACAUGGGCCCACCAACUCCAGAAUGGGCGACUUGGGGCAAUGGAGGCUUUGACCCAGCGGAUGAGAGGGUGGACAGGAAGGGGAGACCAAAGGUUGAGAAAUUGAGGUAG